AUGGCAAAAUGGAAUAAUUCACCGUCUGAAUGUUUAUUUUACACCUUCAGGAAUGGAGACUCCUAUGCUGGAGAAUAUUUUGCAGACAAAAUGCAUGGAUUUGGGGUUUAUCGUUUCGCAAAUGGACACCGAUAUGAGGGGGCAUGGCACGAAGGACGAAGACAGGGCUUGGGCAUGUACAUUUUCAGGAAUGGUGAGACCCAGGCAGGUCACUGGCAAAAUGGUACUCUUGACAUCUUGAGUACUCAAAACUUGCUUCAUGGUUCCCAAGUUGCAGCGAACCAUUCCAAAGUUCGUAAUGCUGUUCAGGAAGCACAGCGGGCAGCAGAGAGAGCAAUUGAUCUCCCCAGUUUUGAUGAUAUGGCCAAUAAGACCAUUGCAGCAGCAAACAAAGCAGCUAGUGCAGCUAGAGUGGCUGCUGUAAAAGCUGUUCAAAAGCAAAUUCCCAGUAAUGGAGGUGAACUUCUAGUCCCUUUUUGCUUGAAACAUCCUUAGGCUCUGUUUGGAAG